CGGACGUCGGUCUUCCCGAGCCCGGCUCCGGCUCCGGCUCCAGGCUCCUUCGGAGGCCGGGGUUCCCUAGAUCCGCCCUUAGGGGCUGACGGCCGCUCUGGGGAUGCACGGGGAAAAGGCUCGCACGGAGAGAGUGCUACCGCAGCGGCAACUUUCGGUUUUCCUCCUUUCUUCCAAUCCACGAGUAGGAGUUCAGUUAUGGGUGUGAGAGGUUUGCAGGGAUUUGUGGGAAGUACCUGCCCACAUAUAUGUACGGUAGUAAAUUUCAAAGAACUGGCAGAGAACCACCGAAGCAAGCAUCCUGGAUGUACUCCUACCAUUGUGGUCGAUGCCAUGUGUUGUCUCAGAUACUGGUAUACCCCCGAAUCUUGGAUCUGUGGCGGCCAAUGGCGAGAAUACUUUUCUGCUUUGCGAGAAUUUGUUACAACUUUUACAACGGUUGGCAUCAAGUUGAUAUUCUUCUUUGAUGGCAUGGUGGAGCAGCAUAAAAGAGAUGAAUGGGUGAAACGAAGACUCAAGAACAAUAGGGAGAUAUCCAGGAUUUUCCAUUACAUCAAAUCACACAAGGAGCAGCCCGGCAGAAACAUGUUCUUCAUCCCCUCAGGGCUGGCCAUAUUUACGCGAUUUGCUUUGAAGACCCUAGGUCAAGAAACUCUGUGUUCGUUACGGGAGGCCGACUAUGAGGUGGCUUCCUAUGGUCUCCAGAAUAACUGUCUUGGGAUUCUUGGAGAAGACACGGACUACUUAAUUUAUGAUACCUCUCCCUACUUUUCAAUUAGUGAACUCUGCCUGGAGAGUCUCAAUACUAUCAUGCUCUGUAGAGAGAAGCUCUGUGAGAGUCUAAAUCUCAAGCUGGCAGACCUUCCUCUUCUGGCCUGCCUACUUGGCAAUGACAUAAUCCCAGAAGGCAUGUUUGAAAGCUUUCGGUACAAGUGCUUGUCUUCCUAUACCUCUGCAAAAGAGAACUUUGACAAAAAAGGCAACAUUAUCUUAGCUGUAGCAGACCACAUAUCUAAAGUUCUUCACUUGCAUCAAGGUGAGAAAAAGCUAGAAGAGAUGUUACCUUUGGGACCAAACAAAGCUCUUUUUUAUAAAGGUGUGGCAUCAUAUCUUUUGCCAGGACAGAAAUCUCCAUGGUUUUUCCAAAAACCCAAAGAUGUAAUAACUUUGGACAAGCAGGUAGUAUCCAGGUGUACAGACCCAGAAUCCAAGCAAGAAGUUCUCAUGUGUACAGACCCUGAAUACAAGCAAGAAGUUUCCAUGUGUACACACCCUGAAUCCAAGCAAGGAGUUCCCAUGUGUACAGAUCCUGAAUCCAAGCAAGAAGUUCCUGUGUGUACUGACCCUGAAUCCAAGCAAGAAGUUCCCAUGUGUACAGACCCUGAAUCCAAGAAAGGAACUCCCAUAUAUACACACCCUGAAUCCAAGCAUGAAGUUCCCAUGUGUGCUGACCCUGAAUUGAAGCAAGAAGUUCCCAUGUGUACACACCCUGAAAUCAAGCAAAAAUUACCUAUAGGUACAGACCCUGAAUUUAAGCUAGAAUCACCUAUGUGUACAAACCCUGGAAUUAAACAAGAAGACCCCAUGAAUGUGGAGCCUGAAAUCAAGCAACAAGUAACCAUGGUUUCAGACCCUGAAAUCUUAAAGGUUGCUCAAGCACAGCACGUCCAGGGAGAGAGCUACCUGGUGUACAACAUCAUGAGCAGUGGGGAGAUUGAGUGCAGCAACACUCUGGAGGAUGCGCUAGACCAGGCUCUGCCCAGCCAGGCCUUCGUUUACCGCCCUGUGCGGCAGCGCGUCUACGCUCUCUUACUCGGGGACGGCAGAGAUGAUUCUAGCUCCUGCCCCACUGUCAAGGAGUGGUUUGUGUACUCUGGGAACCCGCUGAAGCACCCAGACCUCGUCAGGCCUCUGCCGAUGAAUCUUGCAGGGGGAACGCCUAGUUUGAAACUCUUGUGGCUGAACCAAGAGCCAGAAAUACAAGCCCGGCGCUUGGACACACUCCUGGCCUGUUUCGACCUUUCCUCCUCAAGAGAAGAGCUGCAGGCGGUGGAGAACCCUUUCAAAGCGCUGUGCUGCCUCUUGAUCUACCUCUUUGUGCAGGUGGACACUCUGUGCCUGGAGGAUCUGCAUGCUUUCAUUGCUCAGGCCUUGUGUCUCCAAGGAAAAUCAACUAUGCAGCUUGUAGACUUACAGCUUGAUUACGUCGACCCCAGAGCUGUGCAGCUUGGCUCCCUCCUGGUCCGCGGCCUCACCACUCUGGUGCUGGUCAACAGUGCAUGCGGCUUCCCCUGGAGGAUGAGUGAUUUCAUGCCCUGGAACGUAUUUGACGGGAAGCUUUUUCAUCAGAAGUACCUGUUAUCUGAAAAAGGAUAUGCUGUGGAGGUUCUCCUAGAACAAAAUAGGUCUCAGCUCACCAGAUUCCACAACCUGAAGUCUGUGGUAUGCAAGGCCUGCAUGAAGGAGAACAGACGCAUUGUCAGCAGGCAGCACGGGCGUUCACAUCACUCAGGGAGGUGGGGAAGAGAGGGAUCAGGCUCCCACAGGACAAGCUCCGGGCACAGCCGGUCUGGCCAAGGACAGCACUGGAGAGACCAGGGACCAGGAAGUAGACCACGUGAGCCUGACCAGUGGAGAAGAUGCUCAUCGUCUUCUGGGUGGUCCAACUGAUGCCUGCUGCUCGAGUAGGAAAGAAGCCUUCACAGCCAGAGGAAGAAUUGUCUUCAGUAAAACCUGGACACUAAACAUAAGGUCAAUACAUCCUGCUUAUCUGCACUCGAGCCAUAGAGUAAAACACGCUGUAUUUCACACUUCACGGCCCUCAGUACAGAUGUGUUGAAUGAUGCCAGCUGGACUUUGGUGGGUGUUUUAAACUGCUUUCCGCUGUGUACAUGCAGCAGUUCUAGAAAUGUCGACACUUUUAGAAACCAAGGAGAUGAAGCAGAACUGAAGACACUCAUGAAAAAGCAGCCUGCUGUUGCCUAGAAGCAUCACAUGGCUUCACCCUAAAUACAAGGAUCAUCUUUAAUUUGAAUGUUUGUACGUAUAUGGCUGUUCUUGGGGAAUAUAUUUUAGGAAAAGAAUAAAGAAACAAAGAACUCAGUAACUUGUACAGAAAUCCUCCUGUGGUCGGCAGGGUCUUCUCUGUCGCCUAUUCUGUGAGGUAGCCACAUGGACUCUUGAACAUCUCUCUCCAGAGAGAGGCCAAGAGGUGGGUGCGUCAUCAUGGCUCCUCCUGAUUUGUUGGACGAACUUGGAGAGAAACCUGCAUGCCCGCGCAGCCCAACCGACAGGGAGUGUCUUCUAACAGCUGUCCUUGCAGUCUUCAAACUUGAGUUAAAAAUACGGUUUCACAGCAAGGUAUUUUCUAAGUGGUUCGCCCAGGCCUCUGACGUCAAGGAUCCUUGUAAGAGUUUGCACAUGACUGGUGUUUCUCAUAUUACAGCUCUUAGGUUUCAGUUCCUUGUUUAAAUUCGUUAAAAAUGCCGCUUUGUCAGGAGUUCAGGAGUUUUCCAUUGGUAAGUGGAAAUGACGGGUUUGUGGUUACUAUUUUGCUCCUAGGAAGUUAGCCAGGCCUUCCUUAUUUAAAGGAAACACAUGCAAGAACCAGGCAGCAGUAGUGACGAAGUGCGGCCUGGCAGCUCCUCCAGGAGAGGGACGCGAGGCCCUCCACACGCUGGGCAGAGCCGUCGCACCAGGCCGCGCUGCAGCUGUCAGACGGCUGAGUGGGUUUGCCGGCACUCCCUUUGUGUUGUGACGGUGAUCUGUGGUACUCAUUUGUGGCUUAUUACCAAAUAUAAACUAUAGUCUGCUCUUACUAACGAGAACAUGUGACUGACUUCUUGCUUCUGUUUUCCAUCUGAACCUACCGUCAAAGUUCUGGAGCUAGAAAAACCUUGGGAAUCUGACCAGGCUUCUCAGGUGACAGGCAAAGUCCUCAAGCUUACCUGUGGGCCUUGUGGCACAGGUCCUUGUCCUGGCUCUGCGCCUGCCACCUGCUCUGUGGCCCCGUGUCAUCAUCUUCAAGUCGAUGGCGAUUUGCUUCAGUCAGGGUUUCUCAGAUGUAAGUCAUGUGUACACCCUUGAAAGGAAAAAAAUUGUUGGUUCCCAUGGCGAUUUGUUAUUCUUAUUUGUGUUAUUUAACUCUGUGCAAACAUGCCUUAGAUUCCUUAUGCUUAGAGCUUUCUGAAUACAACUUUCAAUCAAAGACAUCAUACAAAUGUAAUGAAAACAAAAUUAUAAAACAUAUAGCAUAUUAUCACAAUCCCCAACAACUCUUAGGGGGCUGGCCAGCAGCCUACAAGGCCGGCUGCCGUUGGCCAUGCUCAGGAAGGUUUCAUACGAGACAGUAGCCAGUUGGAACCUUCUUCUAGGGAGCUGCAGUGCCAGUGCCCACAGAAGGGACAGAGGGCGUGGCCACGGCACCACGAGUGCAGAGCAGAGGUGUUGAGGGCAGCCAGGUGUGAGGGUGGUAUCAAGACAGGGAGGCUGGGGUGCACUCUGCCGGGGUGCUGGCCCUGGGCCCGUCUCUGGGAGGCAGUGGUGCGAUCGGAUCUGUCCUGUCCCUCUUGCCCCUCAGUACUCUGUGGGACUCCUGGGCCGUGCGCCCCUUCAUUGAGCUAACAGAGCAUCUGGUGUGGCCCUGGCCAGUGGUGACGCCUGGUGCUCCCCCACUGUGCUGCUAACCCACGCGUCCAGCAUCUUCUGAGGACAGUAGAUGCCAGGAGGGGCUUCUGCCUUAUCUGUGCUGUCUGAAGUCUUGUAAAAAGAGUGACUUUGUGUGUUGUGUAGUUGAAAAUAAAGAAAAGAAAGCAAUGAUCCCCAGUGGCAGUUCUUAUAUCUCGAUGAAGUGCAAAUUUUUAAAGUACUGAUUACUUGGAUUUAAUAAAUCAGGUUUUAUUCUUCA